AUGUUCGGCCCCUUUCGCAUCACGAACCCCCUGUCGGGCGGUCUCCUCUGGAAGAUCCCCUGGCGCCUGUCGAAAUUUCAGAAACGCCGCCACAGAGAGCGCAUGCGCGCAGUUGACGGGGUCAUCGCGACGGUCGACGCCGCACUGGCCAAGCAGGGCGAGACAUUGGAAGCUCUGGAGCGGUGGAAGAGGGAGAUGCCGACCGAGGCGGAGAUGCUGCCACGAGACAAGUACACGGUGUUUGAUCGCAAGGCGAAGCGGUACAGGAAGGGCAUCCACAAAGUACCAAAGUGGACAAGAGUCAGCCAGAGGGUCAAUCCUCCUGGUUACUAA